AUGACCAAGGCCGGCCUGCUUGAGCUCCCGCCCGGGGCUCAGCUUCUCUACCUUGCAGAAGGCGGCGCUAACGUCAUCUAUCGCAUUGUGACAACGUCGUCGAGUCCCCUCAGUGGCACCAGAAAAGAGUCCCUGGCGGUGUCCAGCUCCGUCCAGGGCUCAGUCGACCCCUACGUCGUUCCCACCCAGUUGAAAGGAAAAUUACUUCGACUGCGGAAGGAGGCGAAAUCUAGUAUUCCGUAUCAGGAGAUUGCACGGAACUUCGACCAGACCAUUCGGCCCCUAUUUAACCCGGACGAGCUCAUCGACCAGGAGCUCGUGAGUCUCCCCAAGGGUCUUGUAUCACGCUGCAAUGAUCAGCUCCGCGCAGCCGAGCUGAAUGGGAGGCGCCCGAAACGUCGACAAGGCGUGUACCUCUCGGUGACGGAACCAUUCGGCCUGCUCAUCACGGACAUGACGCCGUUCGGCAAUCCGGAUGCUAUCGUUGCGGAGCUGAAGCCCAAAUGGCUGUUGCAGUCGCCCACAGCGCCCGCAAACGCCCGUCGUUGUCGCACAUGUGCGCUGCGGGAAAUGAAAAACCACGAAGCCCGUCUCGCCGGGAAACCCGAGGACCGAUCGUUCUGCCCCUUGGAUCUUCCAUCGGACAAGUUCGAAAACGUCUUACGGGCUGUGCGGUUUGUCAAGGGCUGCAAGGAUCAUGGUCGACUAGCCCGCGUGCUGUACCGCAAUAAUACAGUCCAAAAGCUCUUGACGCAUCAGAAAGUCAAGCGGGAUGUUGGGUUGAAUGGCCCACCGGCACAGUCCCGAGAGAAAUCUCUCGCAAUGACGUUGAGAGAUUGCACGAUGUUCAUCAAGAUGCCGCGCGACGAAUCGAGUCCUGUGGAGAUCCGCUUUGGUGAUUUGGAUCUCAAAACCGGAGCCGGGGGCAAGGCCCAAUACUGGCUUGACCUGGAGAAGCGACUGAUCUCCGAGGGAUGGUACCUGGGAGCGAAGAAUAAUUCUCAUCCGAGCGAGUGUGCAUUGCAGGGUCCGCGAGGGCAUUUGCAGCCAUCCAUUUAG